AUCAUCAUCCCAAAUCACAAUCCACCAAAAAUCUCACCCAAUUUUCACUCUUUAUCUUUGAUCCAAAAAUCAUCAAAACCCUAAUCCCCUAAAACAUUUCAAAUCCAUCAAAAUAUCAAAAAAAAAAUAAAAAAUGGAGCAAUUAAAAACAAUCGGGCGGGAGCUAGCAAUGAGUUCGCAAGGCGGAUUCCAUCAAUCCAAAGAAUUUCUCGACCUUAUCAAAUCAAUCGGCGAAGCCCGAUCCAAAUCCGAAGAAGACCGGAUCAUAACCCACGAAAUCCAAACCUUAAAAAAAAACAUCAACCAACCCGACAUCCCAAAACGCAAACUCAAAGAAUACAUCAUUCGUUUAGUCUACAUCGAAAUGUUGGGCCACGACUCGUCUUUCGGGUACAUUCAUGCUGUUAAAAUGACCCAUGAUGAUUCUUUGCUCCUUAAACGAACUGGGUAUUUGGCUGUUACUCUUUUCUUGAAUGAAGAUCAUGACUUGAUUAUCUUGAUUGUUAAUACCAUUCAAAAAGAUUUGAAAUCGGAUAAUUAUUUAGUGGUUUGUGCCGCUUUGAAUGCGUGUUGUAAGUUGAUUAAUGAAGAGACUAUUCCUGCUGUUAUUAAUCAAGUUGUUGACUUGUUGGGUCAUCCUAAAGAGGGUGUUAGGAAAAAGGCUGUUAUGGUUUUGCAUAGCUUUUAUCACAAGUCUCCGUCGUCCGUUAAUCAUCUUUUGUCGCAUUUUCGCAAGAAACUCUCUGAUAAUGACCCUGGUGUGAUGGGUGCUACACUUUGCCCUCUACAUGACCUCAUAACGAUAGAUGUAAAUCCAUACAAGGAUUUAGUUGCAAGCUUUGUGAACAUUCUCAAACAAGUUGCAGAGCGCAGAUUGCCAAAAAGUUAUGACUAUCAUCAGACACCUGCUCCUUUCAUACAGAUUAAGUUGCUAAAAAUCCUGGCAUUACUCGGUAGUGGUGACAAAAAGUCCAGUGAGCAGAUGUAUACUGUCAUCGGGGACAUCAUGAGGAAGAGUGACACAUCCAGUAACAUAGGAAAUGCCAUUCUUUAUGAAUGCAUUUGUUGUAUCUCUUCCAUACAGUCGAGCCCUAAGUUAUUGGAAACAGCUGCUGAUGCAAUCUCUAAAUUUUUGAAGAGUGAUAGUCACAAUUUGAAGUAUAUGGGGAUAGAUGCUCUUGGUCGAUUGAUAAGAAUAAGCCCAGAUAUUGCUGAGCAACACCAACUCGCUGUAAUUGACUGCUUAGAGGACCCUGAUGACACAUUAAAGAGGAAAACAUUUGAGCUGCUAUAUAAAAUGACAAAAUCCUCAAAUGUGGAAGUGAUAGUAGACCGCAUGAUUGAUUACAUGAUUAAUAUCAAUGAUAGUCAUUACAAAACUGAGACAGCAUCUAGAUGUGUGGAGCUUGCUGAGCAAUUUGCUCCCAGUAACCAUUGGUUCAUCCAGACCAUGAACAAAGUCUUUCAGCAUGCUGGGGAUCUAGUGAAUCCUAAAGUGGCACAUAACUUGAUGCGAUUGAUUGCAGAGGGAUUUGGGGAGGAUGAUGAUACAGCAGAUAGUCAGUUGAGAUCAUCCGCUGUGGAAUCAUACCUAAAAUUAGUUGAUGAGCCAAAACUUCCAUCUGCAUUUGUGCAGGUGAUAUGUUGGGUGUUGGGUGAAUAUGGAACUGCAGAUGGCAAGUAUUCUGCUUCUUACAUCAGUGGCAAGUUAUGUGAUGUCGCAGAGGCACAUUCGAGUGAUGACAUAGUUAAGGCAUAUGCAGUGACAGCACUUAUGAAAGUAUAUUCUUUUGAAAAAGCAGCUAGAAGAAAAUUCAGUUUGUUACCAGAGUGCCAAUCGUUGCUUGAAGAAUUGUCUGCCUCUCAUUCAUCUGAUCUCCAGCAACGUGCAUAUGAAUUCCAAGCAAUUCUUAAUCUUGAUGCUAAUGCCAUAGAGAAUAUACUGCCAUUAGAUGCAAGCUGUGAAGACAUUGAGAUUGAUAAGAGUCUUUCAUUUCUCAAUAGCUAUGUCCAAAAGUCAUUAGAGGAGGGGGCUGAACCUUAUAUCCCUGAGAGUCAACGGUCCGGAACUCUAAAUAUCAGCAACAUUGGGAAUCAUAACCCGUACGAAUCACCUGCUCAUUCUCUUAGGUUUGAGGCCUACGAGGUUCCAAAACCUGUUGUACCUGCAAAGAUACCAUCAGCAGUUACUUAUCCAACUGAACUUGUACCUGUACAUGCACAUAUACCCGAGCCUUCUUAUCAACCAUCGGUUCAGCCCACCUUGUCAUCGGUUUCUGAUUCUAGCUCAACUGGACUAAAGUUACGGCUUGAUGGGGUUCAAAAGAAGUGGGGCAAGCCUGCAUACUCAUCUGGUGCAUCCUCAUCUUCCUCAAACUUUGAGUCCCAUAGGACCUCGGUUAAUGGUGCAACACAAACUGAUACUGUUAUAUCUAAAUCACGUGAACCGAGGCAGCCACAAGUUGAGGUCUCUGAAGAAAAGCAAAAACUUGCUGCUUCACUUUUCGGAGGUACAACUUCAAGAUCCGAAAGGAAGCAUUCUGGUAGUGCUGCUGCUCACAGCAAGGGUUCACGAUCGACUAAUAAUGUUGAAGAUAAAGUGAGACCCACAACCACAACCACCACCACAGUGGUUCAGCCACCUCCGCCUGACUUGCUUGAUUUGGGUGAUGAACCAACUGGUGCAUCCAGUAGCUAUCCAUCUGUCGUGGAUCCAUUCCAACAACUGGAAGGUCUUCUUGAUGUGAGCCAAGAUGGUAAUGUUGCUACUACUUCUAAUGGAGCUGAUCUUAUGUCACUUUAUUCAGAUGCACCUACAAAUGGUCAAAACCAGAACCAAAACCAGAAUGAGAAUCUGAACGGUUCAGUGAACCCAAGCAACAGAACAGCAUCCUUGACCAAGGGUCCGAGCUUGAAAGAUGCUUUGGACAAGGAUGCACUUGUGAGACAGAUGGGUGUAAACCCGACAAGCCAGAAUCCUAAUUUAUUUAGUGAUUUGUUCUCAUAAGACAAACUCUAUAUAUCACAAGCUUAGUUUUCAUGCUCCAAGAAGCUCUUUUCGAGAAGAUAAAUACAGAUUCAAAUGAAGCAUGUGUUGGCUGUUUGUUUUGAGGGGGUUCCGUGCUGGCUUCACGUUAUGUUGCAAUGUGGCAUAGCUGACCCUCCCAAGUAAAGAUUUGCAUUUUAUUGUUCUAGCGUUUGUGUAUUAUUAAAUUGAUCUGUUUGUUUUUACAUCUAAUUACUGGGAGAGGAGUUUCUGUAUUUUUAAGGAAAAGAUUGUUUUUUGCCUCA